UGUGUGCCAAGUUCGUGUGGUUUUCGUGGCUCGCUUAGCUCUUCAGCGCAACUUCCAGAUGCACUUGGCGGCUUCAUAGCGCCACCUGAAGUGACCGCUAUAUUGGGUGCAGCAUCGAAAAGCGGGGAGUCUACUGAUGGCACCGAGCGAUCGAGUGCUCAAGAAGGUCUCACAGAGCCAUUCGACGGCAUUCUGAGCGAGUUGGGUGAUGAGAUGCACUUGAAAAUGCGAGUGGCAGAGGAGCCGUGGUGCAGGUAUGAUCACGCUCAGUUGUCACAGACCUAUGUGGCGCUGUGCUCUCUGUUGAUAUUGGGCGACGAUCUACAAAAAGUGGAUCGUAAAAGUGUUUUUUCGGGACUGAAAGCACUCCAGAUGCCCGACGGAAGUUUCUGUAGUCACUUGGAGAGUGAGAGUGACAUGCGUUUUGUGUAUUGUGCAAUGGCGGUGUGCUAUAUUCUGAACGAUUUCUCGGCGAUCGAUCUGCAAAGAAGUCUGAACUUUAUUCGGAAGAGCUUUUGUUACGAUGGCGGUUUCGGGCAGAGGCCUUUGCUGGAAAGUCAUGGUGGUUCCACGUACUGCGCAGUGGCGUGUUUGGCGCUGAGCGGUCAUCUGUGGGAUGGAAGUGUGCUGAAUGCGAAGCAAAUAGAACGACUGAAGAGGUGGUGUGUACUGAAGCAGAACGACGGAUUCCACGGAAGGGCGAAUAAACCUGACGAUAGUUGUUACGCAUUCUGGGUGGGGGCCACCCUCAAGAUGCUCGAUGCAUACAGCCUAAUCGAUCGUGACGCACUUCGAUCAUUUUUGCUAUCGGUUCAAGAUCAAAGAAUUGGAGGAUUUUGUAAAUUUGAAGACUCGAAUUACUCAGAGUAUUUUGUACUGUGA